AAGAUGGCAUUACAUUUGAUGUACCUAGUACUACAGUAGCUGGAACAAUCUAUAUAGUUGAUCCGACUAUUGGAACUUGUUCUUGUUUUGUCAGUAUCUCAGGAUCUCCCUGUAAACAUCAAGCAGCAAUCGCUUUAAAGUUUCAGGAAGGUACAUCAAAUUUUAUUGAUACAUUUACAAUUGAUGAUCGAAUGAAUUAUUUCUAUAUUGCAACUGGUUUAUUAAUUCAAGAAAGGUCAUUUUAUGCCUCUUUAUAUUCACGAACAAAUGCAACAUCUAAUGACAAUAUGGUUGAUCAAUUAAAAGUUCAAGAAUCUGCAAUUUCAGAAUGCAUAUCAAAAGAAACAAAUAGCAAUGAAGAGCUAAAUCGUAUUGAAUCUAUGACUAGUUUCUUUCAUGAGAUAGAAAACGAUAUUAAACAAAAUGCACAACUUCUUUUAGCUUUUGAAAAAUUUCAAAAAGGAUAUUUUGCUGCAAAAAAUCUUUCUGAAAAUAAUGGUACAAAGAUACCUGUUCAAGUAGCAUCAGUACAAAGAAGAAAAAGAGGUGCAUCACAUAGUACAAAAAGAAAAGCUUCAGGAAGAAAACCAUUAGAAAGUAAAGAAAAUGAGGAUCCAUAUGAAAUGCAAUCAAGAAAAAAAAGAAAAACAAUACGAAAGCUAUAUAAUUUAGCAAAAAAUAUUGAUGAUAAAGCUAAUUAG